CAUGUCUCCUUAGUGCGCAGCCCCCUGAGAUUCUUUUCUCCCGCUGCUGCAGCUCACGGCUGUUCAAACAUUCGCGGUCUGUCUUUCUCCUCAGAGCGUCUCACCAAGAAUGUCAGGCGUCUAUGUCUAGGUUUUGUUUAAAGUCUGAAUCUAUUCUCUUUAAGUCUGAGCUCGGUUAUCAAGGAGACCAAAUAGGCAUUUCUCAGUGUGAAUAUCCUUUGAGUAAAGUCAACAUCUGAGUCUUCUGUCUCCGCGCUCGCCUUCAAUCAAUCUCGCGCUCCGCGGGCACGGGACUAUCAGCGGUCCGCAAUCUCCACAUCUCCUCAGUGGGAAUGGAUACGGCGUCUUUGCUCUCUUUUAAUCGUGAAUGGACCCCAAAAUAGACAAGUUUGGUCGAUUAAUGCUUCUGUUUGUUUUGACCGUCUUUUCCAGUUCUUUCACUGCGUUUUCUUGCUGGUACUAGACUCUAAACUUGUGUUUGGACAGGCAAAGAAAGGGAAAUGAUGGCAAAAGGCGGACUGGUUGUGCUGUUAGUUUUGUUGAAUGUGCUUUUUAUCCAUACGGAUGCGUUCAGAAGAGAUACCGCAGAGAGACAGUGGAGCUCCGAGGGGGGUUUCUGCCGGAUCUUGCGGACGCAGACGCGGGGCGCUCGGAGAGACGGACAGAACGAGUUUCGCCUCAGAGUUGAAGGAGACCCAGAAACUUACCAACCCGGGAGCACUUACAGAGUGAGUUUGUAUGCCUCCAGCCCAUCUUACUUUCGUGGCUUUACCCUCAUUGCUCUGAAGGAAGGAAGGGAGGGCGUCACUCCUGAUGAUUACGCUGGCACUUUCAAGCUUAUUGAUGAAAGUGACACGCAGUUUAUGACCAACUGCCCCCCGGCCGUCACAGAGAGCAUUCCCAGAAGACGCACAAGGAUACAGGUGUUCUGGACAGCGCCACCUUCUGGCAGUGGUUGUGUCACUCUCAAGGCCAGUGUUGUACAGCGAAGAAUCAUUUUCUUCCAAGAUGAGGGCUCACUUACCAAAAAACUCUGCGAGAAAGAUCCAGCUGCGAUGACUGAAAAACCCAUGCAAGAGUGCUGUGCUUGUGGAACAGCCAAGUAUAGAGUCACUUUCUAUGGAAACUGGUCUGAGAAGGUGCAUCCCAAAGACUACCCAAGACGUGCUAAUCAUUGGUCGGCUCUCAUUGGCGCGUCUCACUCGAGAAGCUAUAUGUUAUGGGAGUAUGGAGGUUUCGCCAGUGAAGGAGUCAAGCAGGUGGCUGAGUAUGGAUCACCCGUCAAAAUGGAGGAGGAGAUUCGACAAAAGGGUGAUGAUGUUAUGACAGUUAUCAAAACCAAAGCCCAGUGGCCCGCCUGGCAGCCUCUUAAUGUGCAUUCCUCCCCCUCGGCGGAGUUCUCGGUGGAUCGAGCCCGUCAUCUCAUGUCUUUCCUGACUAUGUUGGGCCCCAGUCCGGACUGGAACGUGGGAUUGUCUGGGGAGGACCUGUGCACCAGGGAUUGUGGCUGGGUCCAGAGACUGGUGAAGGAUCUGGUGCCGUGGGAUGCCGGUACUGACAGCGGGGUCACUUAUGAGAAUCUCAUCUCUAAGCUUUUACAAUCAUCUGCCCUCAGAGAGCGCUGUGAUGUUGAUCCAUGUUCUUCCAAUCUGCAGGGAGAGCAGUGCAAUACCGUGCCCGACACCAUAGACGAUAUCGUUGCUGAUAUUGCUCAGGAGGAGAAGGAGGAAGCAGACAACACUCCAGAGACGUGCAUCUAUUCAAACUGGUCUCCGUGGUCAGCCUGUAGCUCCUCCACCUGUGAUAAGGGUCGACGGAUGAGGCAGAGGAUGCUAAAAGCGCAGCUGGACCCCAGCAUGCCCUGCCUGCAUACCCAAGACUUUAAGCCCUGCAUGGGGCCGGGCUGCAGCGAGGAAGAGGCGUCCACCUGUAUGAUGUCAGAGUGGAUCAGCUGGUCUCCGUGCAGCGCCUCGUGUGGAAUGGGCAUGAGGUCCAGAGAGAGAUAUGUCAAGCAGUUCCCAGAGGACGGCUCCAGCUGCACGCUGCCAACCGAGGAGACAGAGAAGUGUGUGGUCAAUGAGGACUGUUCACCCAGUAGCUGUGUGGUGACCGAGUGGGCUGAGUGGGAGCCCUGCAGCGUGAGCUGUGGAGUGGGGAUGAGGAGGAGAGAGCGCAUGAUGAAGAUGGAGGCCUCAGAUGGCUCGCCCUGUCGAGCGCAGCUGGUGGAGGCAGAGAAGUGUAUGAUGCAUGAGUGCAACGAGGUGGUGUGUAUGCUGUCUCCGUGGUCAGACUGGGGAGAGUGCAGUGUGUCUUGCGGUGCGGGCAUGCGUUCCCGUCAGCGCAUGCUGAAGACGCCUGUAGAGCCCAGCCUGUGUUCAGAUGAACUCGAGCAGGUUGAAAAGUGCAUGCUUCCUGAAUGCCCCACGGACUGCAUGCUGUCGGAGUGGUCGGAAUGGUCCGAGUGUAAUAAGUCUUGUGGGAAGGGUCACAUGAUCCGGUCACGGAUGGUCAAGCUAGAGCCUCAGUUUGGAGGCAUGCCCUGUCCCGAGACGGUCCAGAGGAAGAAAUGCAAGAUCCGCAAGUGCAUGAGAGGUUCCCGUGCCAGCGACAAGAAGAAGAGACAGGAAGCUUCAGACAGGAGGAGAGCAAAACCGAGCAGGGAGUCUGUGGCAGAGGAGAGCUCAGCCUGUCCGAUACGCCCGUGGUCCAGCUGGACGGAGUGUACCAAGCCGUGCAGCGGGGGGAUCCAAGAGCGUGUGAUGGAAGUAAAGAGGAAAGGCAAAUCUUCACAGCCCAACCACUGCAAAAACAAGAAGGAGAUCCGCGCGUGCAACGUGCACCCGUGCUAAAAGUGACUCUCUAUCACUGUAAUACAAUCACACACCCACCAAAACACACUGACUCAGCCCUUAAAGAGGAUGAUUACGGCAGAAACAGCGUAGUUUUAACCCAAGGUUUCCGGAAGCGGGACCGGCGAGGGGUGUGUGUGUUCCAGCUUGUAGGGUUUUAGAGUAACACACACGUGGACCAGGCCUGUUAUCCGUGAUUAGUUUUAGAUGCCUUCUUAGCGGGCGUAUAUACUGUAUCAAUGUAUAACCAACACUUUUCAGUACCAACUUCACUAAAACAUCAGUGUGCACUUCUUUUUUAACAAUAAUUACAUCUUCUUUUUAUUUGUUAUGCACAACCACCUCCUUUUUGGAUAAAGGUCGGCAGUCAAAACAGAUACUUAGCAUUUCCUGUAAACAAAACCGAUGCAAUCAUAUAGUGGGUUGUGAAGGAAAACAGGGCAUGAUGUGGGAUUCGCAAACAGUUUCUAAUCCGAGGCUGCCUCUAUUGAGUGAUAUCAAGGUGGGUCACCCACAAUCAAUGACCAGUUAAUUCAGACAGUAAGUGUUUGGUGAGGACAGAGGAUUUUUUGUUCCUCGACUGUGAAAUUGUCAGAAAAUCUAGCUGAAUACAGGCUUAGGGUAAUGCAUUGGACAGCCUAUGGAUAGUUUAACAUUGUAUAUCUGAACUAAAAAGCACAGGUAAGCAUAACCAUUCAACCUUUUUCUUGGUUUUAUUUUAUAAAUCGUGAUAUAUUAACUUCGAGUUGAACAUAGAUUGUGACUUUUUAUUGCAUUAUUAGAUGUAUAAGAGGCUAAUGUUAAAUAUUAACUCAUCUG